AUGUCGUUCGAUUACAACCUCUCCAAGGACGAGGACCUCUGGGACCAGGCAGUCAAGCUUGAUGACCGGCAGAAAGUCGACUUCUCACGAGAAGCUAAGAGGGAGGCUCUCUUGGAUAUCUUCGUCGUUGCAGAGAAAGAGAAGACGUCUAUGAAAGGGAGACGAUGGAAGCUAGGAAAGAGGAGUGACGGGGAGCCGAUCGUCUUGCGAGACGUGUUGGGAAGGAUCGCAGGUUGGAUCGACAGCUAUAAGGAUGUGGUGAUAAAUACCGUGAACUAUGACCCAUCCAUGUGGCUCUUCCAUGGGCUGCUGUACACGAUCCGUUCUAUAGAGAAUUCUCUGCGCGGCCGUCAAUGUCUUCGUAAGGCAAUACAGUGGACUCCGUUGCGCUUUGCAGUUGAGAACGGGCACGACGAAGUUGUGCACCUCGUGUGGAAAUCUGAUCCCGACGUUGAAGCUGCAGCACACGAUGGGAAGAGAGCCUUGGAUCCGGCAGUAGAGAUGAGCCAAGCCAAGACUUUGGAUAUCGGCCUCGCAGCGGAUGCCAAUAUACAGGCCGGUGUAGACGACGGGCGCAAUCCGCUAAUGUUCGCGCUGCGCAACGAUCGAGGCUUAGCGAUCAUUAAAUCACUCUCCAAUAACCGCGCUGAGCUAGAAGCUACAAGUGGCAAUGCACGAACAGCUUUACAGUGGUCAGUAAAUCGCUUGGGUCUCAUGUUUGCGAAUCUCUCGUUGAGUUGUUCGGCCAAAGUGAAUGCCUCGGAACGGGGUGGCAACACCGCAGAAGUAUCGAAGCAAUUGGACGUUGAUAAUGGAUUCUUUCGAGGUUUGCAACGUCUGAAGAUGCCGAGUCGAGGAUGGAAAGACGCAGACGCGGGGAAGUUGAAUGAGAGCGUCGAGACUGAGGAGGAGUGGCUUGAGCGAUUGGGUGAGCACCGCGAGGCUGAGUACCUGGAGUAG